UCCUUAUUUUAUCACCAUAUGCAUACUGUUUAUUAUGUAAUUUUUAACCUUUUGUAGUGGCAUUUACUGUCAAUAAUAUUGUUAUUGAGAUUGACUGGAAUGUACACUGAAUGACAGUAGCUGAUGUCUGUCUCUAAUUUUGUAAUUUAAAAAAAACAUUUUACUGGCAGUUUGAUGAAGGAAAUAGGAAACUGAGUGGUUUAAUAUAUCCUUUAAAAACUUAUUUGUUGUAUUAAUGAUCGGAAUCUGCAAAGUAACUGUAUUUAAAGGUAUAAAAUACCUGCUGUGGAGGGAAAAGUGCAAUAUUUGCCAUUUAAAAUGUAAAGUAUGAUGUAAAAAGUAGUAUUAAAAUUUAUGCGGGUAAAUUAUUAUAGGCUAUUCCAGUCAUCAAAUUUGAGUGACAUUUGCAGUUUAUGAUAUUUAUUUGUAAUUUAAAUGGUCUUGAAUGUACACUGAGUGGCAGUAGCUAAUAUCUGCCUCUGGUUUUGUCUUUUUUUUUAAAUUAAUUAAACAUUUUGCUUGCAGUUUGUAGAAGGAAACAGACAAAUUAAACCCACCAAAUUGUAUUUAAGUAAAUUUAGUAUUGAAUUGAACUGCUUAUAUACUACUGGAUAGUUUAAUCUAUAACUUUAAAAUGUACCUACUGAUUAUAUUUUGUAUCAUUUAUCAGAAUCUGCAAAGUAGCUGUAUUUAAAGGUUUAAAAUACCUGUUGUUGAUGGAAAAGUGCAAUAUUUGCUUUUUAAAUGUAAAAUAUGACGUAAAAAAAAUCCUUUAAAACUGUACCACAGCACUGUAAGUGAGUGAAUUAUUAUGGAUCAUUCCAGUUCCACAAAGAAGUAGACAAAUACAAUCCAUUUAAACUUGUUUUAUAGUUUUCAUGAACAUAAAGCGCUUUCUUGUGAAGCAUUUUGAUGCUAGAAUUAUGUGCAACAAUACCUGAAAUUAAACUGCUUUUUGAAAAAUGUGACCGUUAAUAACAGAAAAAACGAUUGCUGUCAGGAAAAUGACGUCAAAGGCAGGCAGUAAAAGUGUUUUUUUUUGGAUCAACUUUAAAUGCUGUAAGCUACUAUACUUGGUGAUUAUGAGUGUGUCCCUCCAGGAGAUGGUGGAUCCUCUGUCAGACUGCAGCCCCCUCAUCAGUGCAGCGUCCUCGGGGAAGCUCCGUCUGGUUCGCCUGCUGGUGGAAGGUGGAGCUCAGGUAAACAGACACAACCCCGGAGGAGAGACGCCUCUGCUGGCUGCCUGCAAGGCCCUGAGAGGAGAACCUGCUGGACCCACCACCAUGAGACUCCUCACAUACCUGCUGCAGAACAAGGCGGAUCCUAACGCCCAGGACAAGGCUGGUCGUACUGCUCUCAUGUACGCCUGCAUGGAGAGAGCAGGAGCUGAGGUGGCCUCCACCCUGCUGGCAGCAGGAGCCGACCCCAGCAUGGAGGACUAUUCAGGAGCCUCAGCUCUGGUCUACGCCAUCAACGCCCAGCACCAACCUACAGUGAAGGUUCUGAUGGACGCCUGCCGGGCCAGAGGUCGUGACAUCAUCAUCAUCGCCACGGAGACGGGUGUGAACGGGGGAUCUGUGACCAGGCGUUACCUGAACGUCCCUCCAUCACCGGACACCUCGCCGGUGUCCUGCAUGUCUCCGUCUGACAUCUUCCUCAAGACAGGAUCCCCAAACUCACCCGAGGGAGAAAACAUCUUCAACUUCAGAGGAACAAGCAGAUAUGGCAGCAGCAGCAGAAGCAGACUUCCCUCCUCAGAGCUGAGUCCACUGAGUCAGUGCAGCUCUCCAUCUCCCAGACAGAGGAUAUUAUCUGAACCUUGGCUCGCCAUCCACAACCUGGCCUGUCUGAACAGAGCUUACGACAAGGGCACGAGGGAGAGGAGCCCGCUGGAGGAGGGAGGACGGGAAGAGGAUGAGAAGGAUGAAGACGAGGGGUCACACCAGCCCAGGGAUAACAGACAUGAAGAGGAGAAUUACAGCAGCUACCGUGAGGAUUUCUCUCUGAGGGCUUCUCAGUCAGUCCUCUCGCUCACAGAGAUGAACUCGGCUCAUGUGAAGUCAAGCAUCCUGAGGAGGUGUCCAACUCCCGGAGGGGCAAACUCAGACAACAAGCUCCCUGCCUUCCCUCCGUUUAACCCCCAGCUCCGAAGAAACACCCUCCCCUCCGUCACCGUGGUCCCACCUCUGCUUCACCUCCCUCCCUUAGAGGCUCACCUCCAGGUUCCAACCCAAGCUUCACCCUCCAGAAGCAGGAGGAUGGUGUUCCUACCUCACCCACCCAGCUCCUCUCCUCCCUCUUCUUCUUCCUCCUCCAGAGCCAGGCCAGCGUUACUCCCCCCGCUGCCCCUCUCCUCCUCCGUCACCUCCUUGGUUGCUCCGUCCACGUCCAGGAAGCCGCAGCGACGCCACUCCAUGCAGCUCGAACAGAUAACAGGAGGAGCACAGAGGAACCCUUCAGACCUGUGACACUUUCAGUAGGCAGUAGUGUCCAAAUAAAGUUAAAGACUCCAAUAUUUUCACAAAACAGUUCAGGAAGCACAGUUUGAAACAGCAAUUUGAUUUCGGUAGUGAAGAAUAUUAGCGCUAACUCCUCACUGUUACCCUGAGGGAGGCAGUUUAGUUUUUCCUCACAUUAAGUUCAAUUAUUUUUCCUGGCUUACACCAUAUAUUUAAUAGACUACAAUUUGUCAUACUUUGCUGCCUUUGAAUAAAUGUUUCCAAUUCA